GUUUUUAAGUUCAUUCUAUUAGUCGAACCAAAGAUACUCCAAGGGAAACAAACGUCGCCGUUUUACGAGACGAUUCGUUUUCAAGUUUCAGCAAAUUUCUCAGAGCAACAAACCGAAGUUUUUUUUUUCUUCUGUAAUGGCGGAGAAGCUCCAAGCAGUUGAGGUUCUAUAUUGUGGAGUUUGCGGGUUACCCGCUGAGUAUUGUGAAUUCGGAUCCGAAUUUGAGAAAUGCAAACCCUGGUUGAUCCAAAAUGCACCCGAUCUCUACCCAGACCUUGUUAAAGAUUCUAAUUUGAAAGAAGCUGAUAAAGUCUCUGAUCAGCUCCAGUCGGCUUCAAUCUCGGAAGGUUCUUCUACAUCUAAGAAAGAAGAAGUCAAGCGCCUUCCUGGUGGAAAGAUAAAAAAGAAAGAUAAACAGGAGAUAAUUAUUGAAAAGGUCACCAGAAACAGACGAAAGAGUAUCACUACCAUCAAGGGCCUUGAAAUCUUUGGUGUUAAACUAAGUGAUGCUUCAAAAAAGCUUGGUAAAAAGUUUGCUACUGGAGCUUCUGUGGUUAAGGGCCCAACUGAAAAGGAGCAGAUUGAUGUUCAAGGGGACAUAUCCUAUGACAUUGUGGACUUCAUUACAGAAACCUGGCCAGAUGUUCCAGAAUCUGCAAUAUUCUUCAUAGAAGACGGAAAAAAGGUUCCAGCUGCAUAAACUAGGGAGAUGACAUCCCUGUUCCCAGCAGGGUGUUUCCCAAACAAAUGCUCGUAGCACUGUGUUGGUUGAAAUUUGGGGUGAGAAUAUGUAUCGGCUCUAUAGAUGUGGCUACUAUCGUUCUACCCUCUCUAUAGCAAAUAAUAUAAAAAAGCAAAGAAACACGUCUGCAUUUUGCAAUUAGAUGUGGUUUUAUUUUGCGGUAUCUCACUCUAUCUCUGCUUGUACAGUUGCUGCAAUGCAUAAACAUUGUUCAUGGAUCUGAUAUGAAUGAAUGGAAUUUUGAACUAGUACUUAUGGCAAUAGUCUUCUUGAAGUUGUUUAGAUGCUUAACUUUGUUCAUGCAAGGAUGAAUAGUUCUACAUUGAAAGUGAGGUUAAAGAUUGUAUUUUGAAACAAAUCUUUGCUUUGUUUAGACAAAACCGAGUUGAGGGUCUAUUGGAAAUAGCCUCUCUAUCUCCAUGAGGUAGAGAUAAGGUA